GGACUCAUAGCCCGGAGUCGCGGCGUGCGUGCCGGGGACUGUUGGCUGGGUCAGGGCUCCGGAAAGUCCGCCUGGCUUCUGUGACCUUGACCCUCCCCAAAUCCCAUACUCCCGGGGUAGGAAGCCAGCAGAGGGCACUCACCACGCGCCCUGCUAAUUUUCUCUCCGCCGUUUCUGAUUCAUUCUUUCCUCACUUCAUCCACUUCUUCCGCUUUCCUCUCACAUUUCCUCCUUCUCUUGGACCUGCCUCCCCCAGGCAUGAAGGACACUUCUGCUGGUGACUCUCAGAGUGGACAGUCGGCUUUCCGGGGAUUUUGUCAGUAGAUUACUGGUUUAAAGGCCGCUGCCUGCAGAUCAGCUGAGAUGAGGAAAAGGCUUCUCCCAAGGAGUCAGCAGUGCUAACCACCCUCACUCCUUAGUGAUUGCCGCUUCUGCGUGCCACCUGGCUACCCUCUGCCUUUGCCCCCCAGGGCACUGUCUUCAGAGGAGGUCCCAUUCCCCCCUGCCCCCCCAGUCUUACCCAGGCCCACAACUUAAGAUUCUGUCCCUGUAUACAUCACUCAGACAGCCUCCCUCCAGAUCUUUCUCCUGACCUGCAUUUCAGUUGCCUGCUAGAAUCAGGACUUCUUUGCAGGUGCCCAGUACAUAUGCCUUGAAUCGUGUGGUUCUUCCCCUGCUCAUUCAUUCAUUCACUCAUUCAUCCAUAACCCAAGUCCUCCUGAGGGCCUGCCCUGGGUCAGCUCUAGAAGACUGCAGUAACAAGACAGACCUAGUCUUGGCCUCUAAGACCAGUUGGUGAAAGAGUCAAUGCACAGGGCAUUUUAAAGGAGGCGCUCUGAGGUUCUAUAACCCAGGACCCUGCUCUGGGCCGUCAGAAAAGGCCUGAGGUUGGGCAGGACUGAGGAGGAGAAGGGAUGUUACCUUCAGCACCAGCACUUGAUGAACAGCGCUCCCUCCACCUGCCUUCCUCCUCCAGUCAGGGAUGCCUGCUUCCUCUUCUCCACUGUGCCCAGCGCAUGUUUGCCUCGCAGACUGAGGGGGAGCUCAAAGUGACCCAAAUUCUCAAAGAAAAAUUUCCUCAAGCUACAGCUAUCAAAGUCACUGACAUUUCAGGAGGCUGUGGGGCCAUGUAUGAAAUUCAAAUUGAAUCAGAAGAAUUUAAGGAGAAGAGAACUGUCCAGCAGCACCAGAUGGUAAAUCAGGCACUAAAAGAAGAAAUCAAAGGUAUGCACGGACUGCGGAUAUUUACCUCUGUCCCCAAACACUGACCACACCUUGGCUGCGUAGAUGUUGCUGCUGAAACCUUGGAUGUAUCUUAUUGCCACCAUUCUUUCCUAGGCAUAUGACAAAAAAUUUAUCUAUUUUGUUCAUGGACAUUUCCAUAUUGUAAUUAUAGAAGAAUAUGAUAUCUAUUUAGAUGUUAAUUAAAGGCAACAGACAACUAAAAA